AAAGCCCAGGUGAUUCUUAGUCACACCACAGUCCCGUUAAAGAACCAGUAAACUUAGGGAAGGAGGAUUCUCGGGGCAGAGCUGAGCAGCGAGUCUCACGGCGAAGAGACAGAACGGGCAGGGAAAGAUGGAACCAAUACUGUUUGACGAUCUGGCUGUGUAUUUUUCUCAAGAGGAAUGUGUAGGUCUGCACCCUGCCCAGAGGUCCCUUAGCAGAGAGGCCACACAGGAGUGUUCUCAGGAUGUGGCCUUGAUGGGAGGGAAAAACAACACUGAGAUUAACGAACAGUUAAGCCUAGAGUCCCUGGAACUUGAAGAGCUUCCCUCAGAAAAUAACUCCAUCGCUGCACCCCGAGUCCAUCACCCACAAGAGUCCUCUGAGGAUAGAGUUGGAAUUCCUGAGAUGAAUAUAUCAGGGGGAACUUCCAUUUACAAGAAAAAGUUAAGAAGCCUUUUAAUUACUGUUGAAAACCAUACUCCAUUAGUAGAACUGUCUCAGUGUUUAGGAGUCAAAGCACUUUCUGACAUUCUUGAAUUUCCCCCGGAAGAAGCCAAAAAUGAGUACAAGUGUCCUGAAUGUGACCAAUGCUUCAGUGAUAAUUUAUAUCUUGUUUUGCAUCAGAAAAUUCAUUCAAGAGAGAAAAAGUAUAAAUGUGGUGACUGUGGGAAGAGCUUCAAUUAUAAAGCCAACCUGAGUACACACAAGAGAAUCCACACUGGUGAGAAGCCUUAUAAGUGUACCAAGUGUGAGGCCACCUUCCGCCAGCAGUCCCAUCUGUCCCGGCACAUGAACAGCCAUGUAAAAGAGAAACCCUAUAUGUGUGAUAUAUGUAAGAAAAGUUUUACGUGGCUCCCAGGAUUAGCACAGCAUAAGAAAAGCCAUGCUGUUGGAAAAGCAUGUGAACAUGCUAACCAUGGUAAAUAUUUUCAUCAGAAAACAAAUCUGGCUUUGCCUGAGAAUACUUACCCACCAGCAACCCAAUACCAGCACAGUGAGUGUGCGAAGAGCUUCCAACAGCCUUCAUACUCUGCUCUCCCUGAGAAAAGCCACAAGGAAGAUUCUGAACAGCACAGUAUUGAUGAUGAAAACUUUUUUUCAUUCUCCAGAUUCAAACCCUUACAGUGUCCUGAGUGUGACAUGAAAUUUCCUUGUUUCUCCGAGCUUGUUUCUCAUCAGAACAUUCACAUAGAAGAAAAGCCCUAUAAAUGUGAAACGUGUGCACAGAGUUUUGCUUUGGAUUCAGAACUUGCAUGCCACCGGAAGAGCCACAAGCAAGAGGAACCUUUUAAAUGUUCUGUUUGUGGGAAGAGUUUUAAAGUGAAUAUGCAUUUCGUUACUCAUAAGCGAACCCACAGGAAAAAAGCGCUGUAAAUAUAGUUAAGUUUUCUUAA